AUGGACACGUCAGAGUAUAAUUUCAAAAUACAACAACUUUUAUCGGACGUAAGUACAUACAAAAAGGUCAAAAUAGACCCUACAACUAAUACACUCAAAACAACUACUGAUUUAAUAAAGAAAUACUCCGAAAAAUUAAAUCUUGACGUGAAUUCGACAAUACCAUCAUGUGCCAAACCACCGAGGUUGUAUGGGUUACCGAAAAUACACAAACCAAACGCUCCACUACGUCCUAUAGUAAGCCAGAUCGAUUCACCAACUUAUAAGUUGGCUCAACACUUGGCGAAAAUACUGUCACCACUAAGAGGACAUACCAGAGCACACACAAAGGAUUCAUACCAAUUUGUUAGUGAGAUUAAAGACCUACAUCUCGCUGACAAUGAAACUAUGGUCAGUUUUGAUGUUCAGUCACUAUUCACAUGCCUACCUAUUGAAGACUGCAUCUCCAUUGUUACUAGAAAGCUAGAAGAUAACAACAUGCCUACAGAAUAUGCAGUAUUACUCAAACACUGCCUCACAUCUGGCUAUUUAUUGUGGAAAGAAGAGUUCUACAUGCAAGUAGAUGGAGUGGCAAUGGGCUCACCUGUAUCUCCCGUAGUCGCCGACAUAUUCAUGGAGGACUUUGAGGAGAAAGCCCUUCUUACUGCUCCUGUAAAUCCAAGAUUCUACAAGCGGUACGUAGACGAUACUUUCACAAUUUUACCAUCUGACAAAGUAACUGCAUUUUUAAACCACCUUAAUUCCAUAAACCCUAAAAUACAAUUCACAAUGGAGUUAGAGGCAAACAAUACUUUAGCUUUUCUAGAUGUUUUAGUCAUCCGAAAUCCUGAUAACACUAUUGGUCAUACUGUGUACAGAAAAAAUACCCAUACCAACCGAUAUUUAAAUGGUGAAUCUCACCAUCAUCCUUCACAGUUAGCUACCGUGGGAAAAUCUUUGUUUCAGAGAGCACGAGGGAUCUGUGACAGAAAACAUCUGGCCGCCGAGCUUCAGCACGUCGAGCAAGUACUGCAAGACAACAAGCUUCGGGUCCCGCGCCUACGUCACAGUGACCGAGUGAAGCCAGCCACAGUCGAGCGUGUGCCUGCUGUUCUACCCUAUGUCAGAGGAGUCACAGACAAGGUUGGCUACAUCUUGAAGCGAGCUUCCAUUAAAACGUACUUCAAGCCGCUGAAGAAGAUUGGUCAAUUUUUACCAUCCGUCAAGUGUCAUAUCCCUCUACAAGAUGCAGGAGUGUACAAGCUGGAUUGUGAAUGUGGUCUCUCGUAUAUAGGACAAACAAAAAGAUCUAUUAAAACCCGCGUUAAAGAACAUAUAGCUGACGUGAAGCACCGACGUAUCGGGAAGUCUGCAGUUUGUGAACAUGUUCAGGAUCGUCCCCGUCAUUACAUUAGAUUUGAUAGACCACAAAUCCUCGCAAAAGAACACCGAUUCCUCCCAAGGAUGAUUCGCGAGGCUAUUGAAAUUAAAAAACAUCCUAAUUUCAAUAGAGAAGAUGGAUGGGUGCUGCCAUCUGCUUGGGAUCCCAUAAUUAAUAAAAUCAAAUCCAAACCCAAGUAUACCACUGCUAGACUUCAAGAUACUGUAAGCUCAUUCUGCGUAAAUCGAACCAAAAAUUAA